AUCCAAGUUCUUCCCCCCCACUACAGAAAAUACACGGAAAAUUUUCUUUUGCUCCAAGUUAUUGGCUCUCUACAGAGAAUACACGGAAAGAAAAUGGUUGCUCGGAAAUUCCAAGUCCGCCACAACGACUCCGACUUCGUCAUCGACUACGACACCGACGACGGCUUCGAGGUUUUCAAAUUCCAGCUAUUCUCUCUCACCUCAGUUCCCCCCGACGAGCAAAAGAUAAUUGGCGCCCAUGACGACCGUGUCGUAGUGGAAGACUCCGAUCUCAUUUCCAUUUCGGAGAAACUUCGUUUGGUGCCGAUUAACGAUGAAGUCAAAGAACAGAGGCUUAGCGAAUCAAUCAGUAACAGUGCGCGAAACUACGCCGAAUUGUUAGUGUCCGAUGAGGAAUUGGCUAGGAUGUUGCAGGGGGAGGAGGAGGCGCUCUUGCUUCAACAGUAUCUUGCGGCGGAGGAUAACGGAGAGUUCGAGCAGAGAAUACGGCCUUAUGUUGCUCAAGUUAGCAAGUACGAGGACCCAGUGCGCCAGGAAGCUGCUCGGAAGACAGUUCCUGUCGACGAGCUUGAGGAAAAAGCAUUGGUUUCUCUGGCCAAGGAGGGGAACUUUAAACCAUCAAAAAUGGAACAAGAUCAUGCCUUCCUGCUGCAGCUGCUUUCCUGGUUCAAGCAAUCCUUCAGGUGGGUAAAUGUGCCUCCUUGUGAUGGUUGCGGCAAUGAGACAGUGAGUAAUGGCAAUGGCUCUCCACUUCCUUCAGAAAUUCAAUAUGGAGCAUCUCGAGUUGAGCUCUUUCGCUGCAAGUUUUGCUCAAGAAUCACUCGUUUCCCUCGCUACAAUGAUCCAUUGAAGCUUGUGGAAACAAGAAGGGGCCGCUGCGGGGAGUGGGCCAAUUGCUUUACACUUUAUUGUCGAGCUUUUGGCUAUGAGUCUCGCCUGAUCGUGGAUUUUACCGAUCAUGUCUGGACAGAGUGCUUCUCACAAUUUCUAGGAAGGUGGAUGCAUCUUGAUCCUUGUGAAGGAGUAUAUGACAAACCAUUGUUAUAUGAAAAGGGGUGGAACAAGAAAUUAAAUUAUGCAAUAGCCAUUGCAAAAGAUGGAGUUUAUGAUGUUACUAAACGCUACACAAGGAAGUGGCAUGAGGUUCUCACCCGGCGAAAUAUUACUUCAGAACCUGCUUUGUCAGCUGUCCUUACAACUUUAACACAAGAAUGUAGGAGAGGUUUUUCUUCUCAGGUGCUUUCUGAACUUGAUGGCCGUGACAAGAAGGAAAGAGAAGCACUUGAGAGAGAUAUCUAUUCUAUCGAUGAUGCCUCAAUCUCGUUACCUGGGAGGCAAAGUGGAGACGAAGAAUGGCGCAAGUUAAGACUAGAAUUUGGCUCCGAUUCUCUAUGUUGUUCUUCUUGCCCAGUUCGUAAAUGCAUAGAUGAACAUGUGACGAGAAUUUACAAUGCAUUUCAUCCUGUCCUUUCUCAUUUUGUUAAGGAAGAACAUUCCAAGUUUAAAGCUAUUGAAUUGCUUGAGAAUUUUAAAGGAAUUUUCAUGGAUGUCAAGAAUUCCCCCUUCAAAAAGAGGAAGGCCUCUGUAGAUUCAGUGUCAUAUGGUACACAAGCUUUUGCUGAGUUACUUAGUUCUCUUUCACUGGAGACUAAGGUGAACCCUGAUGGGAGGGUUGACAUUUGUCUGGCUGGUGACCCUGUUAAAACUUCAUUAGCAUUGCCUGUUGUAUUGGAUGCUUUGGAUGACAUGGUCCAUAGUAUUGAAAAGUGUGACAGCUUUGGUGAAGAUCUUUCAUUUCCAUUUCUGAGACUAAACAGAAUGCAUUCUGGUUCAGUCCUUGCAAGUGGUGAGGAACUUCCUUUAGGAAUAGCCACAUCAGCGUUUGAUGGAACUCGCACUUCCAAAUGGGAAGAACCUAAUGGUGCAAAAGGUGGUUGGAUUAUCUAUAAAGUAACAGACAACAAGAUGCACGAACUUGUGGCAUACGAGCUUAUGUCUGCCAACGACGCACCUGAAAGGGAUCCAAAAGAUUGGGUUGUUGAGGGAAGCAAUGAUGGUGGAUCCAGCUGGCACCUUUUGGAUAAACGGACUUCCCAGACAUUUGAAAGGCGUUUCCAGCGUAGAUCGUUUAAGAUUACAUCUACAGGGCUCCUCUUCAGCGUUUUCAGGUUUAGGUUUUUGGCUGUCCAAGAUGUUCAAUCAACUUCACGGCUCCAAGUUGGUAGCAUUGACCUAUAUGAAAGAAGCAGUCAAGGUAUUUAGGCUGGAAUUUCCCCAGCUUCCUAAUUGAUUUGAUGCACUGCUUUUAUAAUUUUUCAGUGGGAAAAACUAAGCGAAGUGAAUGAUAAAUGACAUGCUUGCUAGCUGUCAUCUUGUAACUUACCUGUCUGUGUCCACUUAUCAGCAAAUGUUUGCAAGGUCUUAAAGAGAACUAUCUCCAUGACCUUCGUGUGUAUCUUCGAUGAAUAAAUAAUUUAUAAUCUUCCUUCUUUUCUUGGCCA